ACAGGUUCCUGUUUGAGGGGAACGCAAGACCCCACCCCCCCACACAAACCAGUAUAAAGCUGCAGGUUGGCUGCACAAUGGGCUGUUGGAAAGUUCUCCUGCUCCCCAGGAUCUUCCUCUCACUGUGCAGUGCAUCAGGGAGACCAUGGGACCAUCCAGCAUCUGCCUUGUGGCUCUGCUUUCCCUACUGAUCCCGGCUCACUCGGCCCCUGAUCCCACCCUGGACACUCACUGGCAGCUGUGGGUUAAAACUCACCAGAAGAGCUAUAAGGAUGCGGAAGAGGAACGUGCCAGACGGACCAUCUGGGAGGAGACACUGAAAUUUAUCACAGUCCAUAACUUGGAAUAUUCCUUGGGACUCCACACUUAUGAGGUUGGGAUGAACCAUCUGGGAGAUAUGGGAACAUGCGGAUCUUGCUAUGCUUUUAGUGCCGUGGGGGCCCUGGAAUGCCAAUGGAAAAAGAAAAAGGGCAGACUGGUCUCAUUCAGCCCCCAGGAACUGGUGGAUUGUUCCAACAACAAUGGCUGUAACGGGGGAGGCAUCGGUUUGGCCUUUACAUACAUGAAGAAAUAUGGCGUUAUGGAGGAAUCCGCUUACCCAUAUACAGGAAAGAAAGGACCAUGCAGAAAGAAGCAGCCAGGCAAUAUUGGAGUAGUAAAGGCAAUCCACGAUCUGGAAAAGGGCAAUGAAAAUAUUCUUAUGAAUACUGUGGGAACAAUUGGACCCGUGUCUGUUGCCAUUAGCGCUUGCAGUAAAAAAUUCCAUCUGUUCAAGUCAGGUGUCUAUUACAAUUCAGACUGCUUCCCCGGCAAUGUAGACCAUGCUGUGCUUGUGGUUGGAUACGGUACAGAAAAUGGCAAGGACUAUUGGCUGGUUAAGAACAGCUGGGGAGUAAGCUAUGGGGACAAGGGAUACAUUAAAAUGGCUCGAAAUCGUGGCAACAACUGUGACAUUGCCUCCCAUGCCGUCUAUCCAACUGUGUGA